UGGCACGUGCGAGGAUACCAUUCACAUUCAAUGAGUUGAUGUCCGAUUUUGGAUUAAUGGUUGUUUUCGAUUUGGAUUAGCUAUGCCUAAGAGGAAGUUUGAUGACGAUCAAGCAGUCGACCAAACGGUGCCUUUGCCGAUACAGACGUUCUUGUGGCGGCAAACGAGUCCCUUCAUCCGGCCAAAGCUAGGCAAGCUCUGUGAGGCAUCCUGUGUGUCGUUCGAGCGUGUACUUGUCCAAAACAUCCUCCACGGGCUGUCACCUAGUCUCUGCGACUCCAUCCAGAGCAUCUCAAGAUGGCGGCUCAUCCAGGCAUCGUUUCCUCACGUCAUGCACUGCUGCGCAGCUGUCCUGGGCAACCGGAAGCAGAACUUCCCGGAUACAAAGUUCGGAAUCAGCGAAACGAAACUGCUGUAUACGCUACAUUGGAUUAUACUUGACGCAGCAUCCGAGUGCGACGAUGCGGACUCCGCUCUCCCCGGUUACCAGAAACCUGCUACGCUACCCCUCCACAGUCUUUCAGGAAUACAGUUAUUUGUGUACCUCUUUGCGCCGUUAGUACAAAGCCUCAAAGAAUCAGACUUUCAGAGUUUGAAGUUGGAGAACGGCUUACGGUUAUGGCAGCCAUUAUGGGAUUACCACCAACCGGAUAUACCUUGUUUUGCGACACCUGUACGACCGAAACGAAACGUCCUUAAAGCUCAACGUAGUCUUUUGAAACUGAACACAAAUGCUGCUAAUAUUUAUAUAGGGAAAGGAAGUUCAACAGACAACAUCUACCUUGGGCCAGAACCCGUCAUCAUGAGUCGCGGAAGUGUGGUCGAGUCAUCAUCACCCCUUGCUCCCUUAGCUCGCAUGAGCGAUAUCUGCGGGACGAUUUCAGACACGCAAUCUGUAUCGAUGGAAGUCGUCUGUGAAGUCUGCAAUACUGUUUUGUACGGCACGGCAAGUCAGAAUGGUAGCUGUUGUAAGUGUGGACGAAAGGACUCAUUGAUACUCAUGCCAGACUCAAAAAUCGCAAACAUGUCAAACCUUCAGAAACUUACCUCACCACUACAGAAUCUGGACAAGGAUUUCAUAAAGAAACGUAUUGAAACAGCGAUUGCUCAAAGUGCAGCUGCUCAAGGUCCUCCUAACCCCGACAUCCUCAGUGCUAGUUACUUCGAUGUGGCUGUGUUACGGUGCUUGUUUAGUCCGAGUUGGGUCGAGGAUGGUGUCUACUGGUCUUUGCGGUAUAUACAUCAGCGCCUACUCGAGGUCAGUGAUGAUCUUGUCCGACAGGAAUUCACUCGAGAGCGGAGCAAGUCGCUCCCUGUGCCAGAGAUCACUGUGUCAGUGUAUCGUCCCGCCCCGCCCUCACCUCCCAUGCGACCAGAUAGCGAGGACGAAAUCAGUCUGCCUGAUCGUGAUACUGGCUGCUAUAUCAAUCGAUCAUCCUACAGUAUAGGUCCACCGCCCUCACCUACACCUAACAAGGACUACCCGCACAAACGGAUCAGGAGUGUCCGCCAGUUGUUCGAGAGCAAGACAAAGUUAGCACGGAUUGAAAGCAUAGACCAAGACGAGAUCGAGAUACGAUUGAAACAGUCGCAUCUGAAUAAGUCCAGCGAGGAAAUGCAGAUCGAAAUAAAGGAUUCGGAUGGGGAGAAAGAUAAAGAUAAGGACUACAUGACUAUUGAAAGUGCUGAAGAGGGUACUCCACCUCCGAGGCCGAGCUCAGCCAUGGGGCGAUAUAGGGACCCUGGGAACGAGAGUAUGGAUGAAGAGGAUGACGAUGAUGACGACCAAUCAGGUAGCUUCUCAGAUUUAGUGCGGAGACGUAGUAUGCCGGUGAUAACGCAGUGUGGCACUGAUUCAGAAAGCGCGGUUAGUUUAACACCUAUCGCUAGUCCGCAAAAUAAGAAGGAUCCUGUCGGCCGGACUAUGAGUUUAAAACCUGAGAUGCUUACAAAACCAAUCAUUACAAUAACGGAGGAUAGUCCGUCGCCGUCGCCAACACCAUCUGAUUGGUCGAGAAAGAGAGAGAGUAUAGCUUCAGAGAAAUUUGAACAUGCGAACCGUCCAGGAUUGCACCGAAGUUUUACCGACACCAAUAUUUCAUAUUUGUGUGAAGAGGAAGUGGAAGAGGUCGGAGGUUCGGUGCAUUAUAUUGACAGCAAGGGCCAUAUAAAUUGCCGUGUUGUGCUCAAAGCGGUACAUUUUGUCGCAAUAAACGAUUUGUCUGCGCGCUGUAGUGAUGUCAUGUUGAAUAUUCUCAAUGUUCUCAUGGACUUGGAGGUGAUUGAGAAGAAGGGCGACAGCAAGAAGGAACAACUGAAGAAGAUGGCAGAAAGCUGCGGUGACGAGCUGCCGGACUCUGCCAAGAUGGCCGCCGAGAAGAAAGAGGAGGAGAUGACACUGCACAAUAUGGCCAUGGAUACAGUCAUCAGAAUCUUCAAAGCCUUGGGAUGUCCCCACGGCUGCGGCGACGGCUUCCGAGGGCCCCUCGGUGAACAUGUGAGAAGCCACGGCCUCAACUGCCUUCAACGUCUCCAGCGAUUCAACUCAACACAAUUCAGGAAAUACCUCCGGGAGUUCAUCAGAAAACGUCCAGUUCAGGAAGUGGUGGACUUCCUUCAUGCCUUCCUGGGAUUCUGUGCUGAUUCGGGAGUCCCUAGUGCUACCUAUUCACCACCAGCUCAAAAGAAGAAUGCAGGUGACAACACCAAUCGCUCAGGAUUUGCCAUCAACUUCGGCCACAGUAUAGGUGGCGCUGGUAAGGGCGUCGAAGGUCAAGUCAUUGCUCACAUCCUCAAGCCCAUGGUGUCAAGAUUCGUCGACUCAAAGAAGGAUCUUGCUGGUCACGAAAACAUUAGUCUUUACUGUGAUGUCCGCCAAAUGGUCAACUUCAUCAAGGAACAACAUGGCGGAACAUUCCGACGAGUUGCACUCAGCGGUCUCCUCGACUCAGCCAAUCGCCCUGCCAAGAAGCGUGAUAAGGGGAAGGGACACUCAACUGCUGUUAGUCAAAUAUUGUAUCCUCGACGAUCCCGUUCACCCUCUCCAACCCAUGGCCUGUCUCUACUCUCUAUCAGACAGAGCUUACGACGUUCCCGGUCGUGGUCAAGGGCAUUCUCAUUCCUCUCCAUAAGAGGUCGACAAUCUAGGUCGCCAUCUCCAAGUCCAUCUAUGCUGUCAAUCAGAAGCCACUGCCGAUCGAGGUCUCCCUCACCAAGCGUCUCCCGACUCUCUGUAAGAAGUGCAUGUGGUCGUAGGUCAAGAUCAAAGUCACCUGCUCCUGUUAAAAAGAGUGCAUCAUCGCAGCAUCUCUGCAUCAGGAAAGAUCUGCGUUCCCGCUCUUUAUCCCCUGCUCCUUCAAAAGACUCGGUCAGAACCAUGUCGAUGACCUCAGAGAGUGGUGAUGAGAGAGAACCGGGCAAGUCGACGAGUACGGGUAACGUGGACGAAGUGGGCAACACACAAGGGAAGUCACGACGAUCCAUCUUCAAGCGCAGGACGAAAAAAAACACAUCCUCCUCCAACAUCCUCUCGGCUGCCAGUGACUCGGAGAUGAACGACAACGAGUUUGGUCGCCACCACAUCAAGCUAAGUCCAAGAAUGAGCAUGUCAGCUGCAGAGGAUGAUCCCCCGUCAGGUCCCAGUACCCCAAAGAGGAAGUUUAGCAAGUUCAACAUUGGUGGAGGAAACAAACAACGUAAUAAGCAUGGCAAUGAAAGGCACAGCGACCAUGGACGGCAGAAAAGCAGUAGCACUAAAGAAAAACAUUCUGCUGGGGUCCUUGAUAAAAAAUCCAACGGCAAGAAACAGGUUAAAGGUCACGUGCCUGUCUAUGGUCGCAGCCUCAGCCAUAACUAUCCUUUGUUUGGUCAUGGGCGUGGAUCAGGACAUGGACAUGGAUGGCGGCGAUCGGCCAAAUCAGACCAUGAAGACGACUCAACCACCGACCUCUCACAAUUCGCCGAAAACCGUCGUGAAUCUGUCCACCAACGCGGGAAGCGGAUGUCCUUCAAGGCAGCUGGGCAGGCAACCUUGACAUUUCUCACUGCACGGAAGAGACUUGAGGACAGCCUAAAGAGUUUCGGGAAGAAACGCCUCAGUAAAAGAGGAAGUAUCGAUGAUGAUCUGAUGCGCCGCGGCUCGCUGGAGGUGGGCAACUCACACCAAGCUGAAGUCAUCAUCUUCAAAGAGAAGAAGCUCGUCGAUGCUUGGGCAGUCAAGUCAGGCAUGCUCCGAUUCUCGUUCUUUAUGGACUGCAUCCAGCCUGGUAGCGUCCCGGAUCCCCAGCUUGUUGCAGCCAUGUUGGAUUUGGAAGCCCCUGUGGUUGCUCGGGGAGCACUGCUCCUUGAAUGUGCCCAUUUUGUGCAUCGUUGUAACCGCGGCGACUGGCCAAACUGGAUGCGGUUGAACCUGCCCAGCUUCCGGCUUGGAGGACCAUUACAGAGUCGUGGACAACCAUCAGGUUACAAGAGAAAUACGUUACUGCAACGGACUGCGGGUAGAAUGUUCUACAUGUGGGCUGAGGCUCUUGGUUUGAAGCUUGAGCAGAUCCUGAUGCAGGAACACAAGGACAAGUUUGACCACAUCCAUCAGGUCAAAGAUGAUAAUAGAAAGAAAGAGCUGAGGGAGGCGGAUGAUGAUGAAGACUUCAUGGACGAGGCCACAGUCAAUCAUACUGGCUCAGACUGUCCCCACGCGUUGAAGAUGGUCGCCUGUCAGCUCCUUUUAGAGAUCACCACAUUCCUCCGAGAGACCUACCAGUACAUACCCAAGAUUAAAGCCUCAAAGAGGGAGCACACAUUGGAGAAAGCAUCACAGAGAUGGAGCAGCGUCCUUAGCAGUCCUGUCCACUCGGAUCGUAGCUCUGCCUCGUUCACUGAUCAGCCAUAUGCGUCCCUUUCACCAGGGAGUCCCGGAGACCGGAAGAUCAGCUUUGCUGUCUUGGGAGAGCAGCGAGAACGCUCCGAUUCACUCCACAGUAGUACGACCACCAUCUCAGCUGCUGCCGGUGACCCUGACGACAAGAAAGAAAGGCGUGUGGCCCAGGGCAGAAAACUGCUGAAGAUGCGGAGAAAUUCAGAAUUGCCACCAUGUUUAGUACCAAAAGCUGUUGCAUUCAGUGCAGGUUUGAAGAGAAUGGGCAGCAUGCGCUCCAGGAAAGUCAGUGUCCAAUCCAUCAAGUCUGAGAAAUCAGACGACGAGAUCACAGCCCCACCUCAGCACAACAGUCUCGAUGUGGAAUCACCUGAUGAGAUGGCGGAGAGCCCUGAAUAUGACACUGAUGACAAUCUCUGCACAUACAUGCCAUGGAUCAAGGUCAUCAUCCAACUUGCCAAUACUUCCAACUUCAUCUGCGACCAUCAGAACUUCUGCCACCCGAACUGCUACGAGAGACAACAGCGUAGCUGUACGCGGCUCAUGAAUGCAACCUUUAAAGUGUAUGAUUGUGAAGAACCUGAGAAUGUGGACGAAGAUGGUAGGAAGUUAGAUGAUAGCAAGAAAGACACGUUCAGGGAAAAGCUUAAAAGACGGCUUUCACCUUCUAAGAGUCACUGUUCUGUACCAAAGGAGUCUGUCUUCCAACCUUCGUCCCCGAUCAGGCGUCGUGAAAGCACGCCUCUUCUUGACAAGAUUAGGAGUGACGUGAACCUGGCUAAGCUGAUGAAGAUAGAUGCGAAUAGGGACAAGAAAGACCCGUGUCCGAGACCUAAGAAGAAGGAGGAUACCUACAUGGUCAAAUAUCUCAAGUCUCAGGUUCAGAAGUUAUGUCACAGUCCUAUGGCUCUUAUGAGCAAGGCAUCCCCAGUCCUCCAGGAUGACCACUUUGUAGACAUGCUUCCUGUCGCCUGGGAACUACUGUUGGAGAAUGACCAGGAGCUGGCUUCAGCUGCAGCGUCCGUGUUCAUCCUGUCGGCCAUUAAGGUCCCUGAACAAGUUCAGGAAAUGAUGACCAAAGAGUUACAACAUGAAGACACCAACCAGAGGAUAAAUGCCAUUCUUAGAUACAGCAUCUUAUGGCGGUUCCGUUAUCAGAUGUGGCCAAGAAUGGAGGAGGGGGCUAAUAUGUUCUUCAAGGUUCCACCCCCGAGCAUUGACUUCGUCCUGCCGUCCCCCACCAUCGGUAACCCCACCCAGACGAUCGUGGACCCGCCAUGGAUGCCACAUUUCAAAACCAAGGUCGAAGAGGUCACCUUGAGCCAAGAGGGAUCUAAAUCAUUAGUGACAGCCACAACGACACGGCGGAAACAGCAACAAGAGAUGAUACACCAGGCCCUCAUUGCUGAAGAGGACCGGAAACGUGAAGCUCGCGAAAAGUUCCUCAUUAACACCAUCAACGCAUCUCAGUUAGCUGCUAACGAACCAGCGUUACACCACAGUACAGACGAGCAUGAUGAAGCUAUCCCCGAGGAGAUUAACAUGGCGGCACGGCGCAUGUCCGUCGCGCCGUCCCGCGCCUCAAAUUUCCAAAUCCGUAGCCUCUCCUGGCGGAAUGGCAGCAUGCACUGGGCCAGAUCACCACUCGAAGACGAGGAGCAAGUCGAGCGAGCUCACACGCAGCCGAUGCAGCUAGCGCAGCCGACGUUUCCAUCUUGUAUCUGUGCUGCUGUCUUACCCAUAAUUCACCUUCUCGAUGACCUGGAGGUCAAUCAAGAUGGUAUAUCUGUGUCUGAGGUGGCUGAAAAGAUCAUCUGGUGGUGUCUAGUUGAGGAUCCUCCACUAUUCUUCCGCCAUUUCCUGGAGAAGUUGACAAAGAAGGAAAGUCAGGACGAACUGUUCUUUGUACUGCGAAGACUCAUGAUACGGAUGCCUACACUACCAGCACAGACGGCUCAUACCAUAUUUAACUAUAUUAUUGGCUUCGUGAUGUUUUAUGUGCGGAGCCCGUGUGAAGGCAGCCAGGAGGCCAUCGGAGGCGCACUUUCAAUGCUUUGGAUGAUUGUUCCCAGCGUUCAAGGUAUUUACUUCAAAGAUUUGAAGCAAACUCUGAGGAAAGAACAAUGUGAUCCUACACUUCUGGUAACGGCCAAUGUACCAAGUGCGAAGAAAGUGGUCGUUCAUGGUACAGACUUGACUAGCAUACCAUCUCAGUUUCCGAUUCAUGAGGACACACAGUUUUCGAUGAUCCUUGAAGAUAGCAUUGAUUUCUUCAACAUCCCAGACAAUGAGAAAAACACGUGUUUCCUUGUCGAUACAAAGUCCAACCAAAUGCACAACCUCAACUCCUACGUGCGAGACCUCUACUUCUUCCGCCGAAAUUUCUACCCUCAAUUGUCAUUGGUCAAUAUGGAUCCACAAGAUGCUUUCAACACACUGCAGAAACAAGCAUUCACAAUGAAGUUUGUAGAAAUCGGCAAGGUCAUGUUUGCCACAGAAGUCUUGCAGAGCACAGCCCCACACCAGAUGCAGACCCACGUCAAUUUCCUCCACGAAGAGUUGACCAAGUUACCUUCAUUUCCAAGGAAGGCACUAGAGGCGGAGUUCAACCUGUAUAAGGGCGAGAUGGGCAAGGAAUUGUACGGCCUCGACAUGCUACACAAGUUUGCCUGGGCAAGAAUGGUGAACUCGCUGUUCCAUUCCAUGACCUCAACUUUCAACUGGAUGGGGGACAUCCCUCUCUUCCUGAACGUCAUUAAUGGAACCUUUCUGCUCCAUUGCGAUGACAUCGCCAUGCUCAGAUUCUGCCUGUCCUCAUACAUCAGUACAUCGAGACAUUUCAAACACGUUUUUGCCACCAAUGGCUUUAUGUAUGUUAUUCCCACCGUCGUGCGAGUGUACGCAAACCACCAGAACAACCCAGUCCUUUGCCAGGCCAUAGAGUUUACUUGUAAACAGUUCUACAUUCUCCAUAGGAAGCCAUUUAUUCUACAGUAUUGGCAGAACAACCCAGUCCUUUGCCAGGCCAUAGAGUUUACUCGUAAACAGUUCUACAUUCUCCAUAGGAAGCCAUUUAUUCUACAGAUGUUUGGUAGCCUUGCUUCGAUCUUGGACAGCGACGAGAACAGCGACCUCAUUGACUGUAACAAGAGCUAUGAGUACGAUGUAGCUGUUGAUGUGAACAAGGUUCCUCCUAAAUGCCUGUUCAACCUGCUGAUGUCACUGGAAUCACAAUCACGGGAUAAUCUACUGAUCCUGGACAUGGUUCAUGGGGACAUGCCGCUUAAAGCUCUGGACUUCUGCUACGAGAUGGAUCCCGACACAUUCUCCAUGAUCGACGCCAUCAACGUGUGUGUGGCUGUGGUCGCUUAUGCCUCUGACUCCUACAGGGGUAUGCAGAUGCUGACAAUUUUAGAAGCCAUCGUUCCGUUCUACCUCAGAAAGAUGAAAACUGAGACAAAUAAACUGCAAACCCCAAUUGCUGCUCGUCAAGAAAUCAAUACCAUAUCGAACAUGGCAGUCUCCAUGAGGGCUUUAAUCAACAGUUGUGAGGCCCUGACUAGGUUGGUCAAAAACAUCAGUGGCCCACAGCGCCACAUAGAAAACGUCAAUGCGAAUGUGAAUAAACCCUGUGCAAACCACAGUUCUGCUGUCUACUAUGAUGAUAGGGAGGACUCGGUCUUCAAGUACAUGGAAGAGGGUCGACAUAACCAGUAUAAUUACGCUGCCCACGAUGAAGACGAUGAGAUUCGUAGUGAAUAUCGCAAACCUCGGGAUUCUUUGCUCAACAUCACCGCCGAGUUCUUUGCUACUUGUCUUCCAAGGCUGAAGGAACUACGAAAGAUGCUCGCUGACCCAUCGUUCAAGUUUCCUGAACUGCUGGACUAUAAGGCACACAUUCGCCUUGCUGAUAUUGCUCACACACUGUUGAAGAUCGCGCCAUAUGAUCCUCUCGUCAUGGGUAGCAGAGGGUUACAGAGGUACAUCACGGAAAUAUUGCCAAUCACAGAUUGGUCCAUAGAGGCAGUACGGCCAGCCCUUAACCUCAUUCUCCGCCGACUUGACAGACUUUUCAAUAAGAUCUACAAGAAAACCUCACUCAGGAGACAUCUCAACUGGGACUGUGCCGCCAAUCUGCUGAAGGGCGUCUAUCUGACCCUCACCAAGUACCAGUACAUUGCUCAUUUGCCCCACCUCAAGACUGUGAUCAACAUGUGUUUGAACAUCAUCCUGUCUGACGUUGGUUCCUCUAGCAUCUACGACAGUCUCCACAAUGUUCACUAUGGCAACCGGAAUGAGCAGGUCAACAAUCACCUUGCAGCGCCACCUAGAUUCUGUUCAGCUGUUGUCAAGCUCAUGGCCACUCAGAUGCAGUGUCUUGGAGAGCAGUUUUCUGUGGAGCACAUCUGUGGCGGCAUGUCUGUCUUCCCAAGUCCUGAGAAGACCCAGAACAUGCUGGUCAAUCUGAUCCUGCCACUGUGUAUCAGGGUGGGAUGUGGCAGAAGAGAUGCCCCCAAAGUGCGUCCUGCCGACAUCUCCUUCAUCCUGACCGUGGUCCUCAAUGCCAUACUACCUCCAACACACAUGCCUCAGAAUCCCAAAAACCAGCUUCUAUCGGUUGGGGAGAUUGGGCGACUUGGCAGCUCAUCCGGAUCAGACAGGUCAUCGAACAAGGUGGUACGAGAUGCUGUCAUGCAGACUGCUUUCUUAGGUCUCAAGAUCAUCAUGGUUUGUUUCCAAAACAAACUUUCCUCAGAGUGGCAUCGUAUCGCCAAAUGUGUUCAGGAAAUGGCAUCAGUCACUGGGCGACAUGCCGGCGGGGUCCACAUGUGGCAGUUUAUUGACUUUGUGGUGACCAUCAGACCACCGUUGUUCGUCAUACUCUAUCCGUUCAUACAGUACAAACUGAUGAAGUUGACUUGUGAGUCGGAACACGAAUACUACCUCCAGCAGUUGAUUGGUCAGCGCCUGAAGGGCCACCUGCUCCCAGCUCCAAAGAGCAGCGGAAGUACGCUGAUCGAGCUGGCAAAUGAACUCCGGGUGAUCAAAGAUGACAUGACAGUUAGAGGCCCGGGAGACGACAUCCGCCCACGAACCAACACAAACGAGACAACAACUCGCAUUGACAUCCCUAAAGAGAACGCGUCACAGAACGCUCGCCCGCGCCAUUUGCCGCGCCCGAGUAUCGCGGACCUCAUGGACCCAUCAUUUGGCGUCCGUGUGCUGCCGUUACCGACAGAAAAACGGAGUAGUAAAGGAGCUGGGCUUUCCCCCAUCACCCCCGUGCCGUAUGUCCCCCCGUCACAGACUGCGCCCCCACCCCCUGACGCCGUGGAGGAAGAGAAGAUAGAAGCUACAGAGGUCACUGGUGUGGAGGCGGCGCCAGAUGAAGAUGAACCUCACUUGUUGCUAAGACGACACUCGAGCAGACGCAUCACUGCCGACGAAGGAAAUCGAAUCCUGGAGAAGUACACCUCCAAGCCAGAGGCUCAAACGGAGGCAGAGUUCUUGGCCUCCCUACACUGUCCCACAUCCCGCACGCUCCAGCGUCAAGCCAGUAUAUAUUAUAGUAGACGCGGUUAUAUAAGUAAACAGCACAAUGUCUUUGAGUCAACGGAUGAAUAUUCGUUAAAUCCAAUCCCUGAUCUCGAUGACGAUAAUCCAAUCCGCCAUAUUGACGAUGAUGAUUAUCACGUGACAAGCCUCGACUUCGAUGGUGACGCGGAAGAAUCUCUCCCACCAAAACCGCAUGAUGAAAGACUGGAAGAAGACCAACCGAUUGGAUCCGCAUCGCCUGAUAUGUCAGGUUAUGACCCAAGAUCACACCGUCUACAGCGCGCUGAUGCAAAGAGCCGCAAGACCUUCAAGAUAAAACGAGCAAAGACGAGUAUUCGCAAGCAGCCGGCAACCAGGACGGUCAGUGCUGGUUUCGGCAUACGACCUGAUGAGAUGCUGCAGCCGUCACAGGACGAGCAAGAUUCGUUGGCAUCAAAGAAGGCAGCAAAGCUGAAACGAGCCAAGACAAGCUAUAUCCGUAAGGGAGCAUCUAUUCGUGAUGUUGCACCUGUCCCUGUCGAUGCAGAGCACUUACCACAGUUGCAAGAGGAGUCCGAAUUGCAGCGUCACUAUAUACCCAAAUCGAAAUCCAACGAGGAUGGUCCGUUUGAAACGCACCAUGCGGCUGGUACGGCUCGCGCUCGUAUCGCCCGUCAGGGAGGCCGCAUCAUUAGGUCAAGGUCCCCAUCGACAAGUCCGGUCCGCCAUGCUCGAUCACCAGCAACGAGUCCGACACGUGAACCUGAACUAGAACGAGUACAACAACAAACUUACAUGUCAAGGACAGACUCGGUCGAGUCCAUCACGACAAGUGAGAACUCCGCACUGCUCAAACAAGAUGAGAAAACCAAAUCGCAGAGUUCACUGUGUAUUUAUUUUGACGCCAACGAUGUACAAGACACGUGUGUAUGAUGUUCAGAUAACAAGAGCUUGCAGCAACAAAGAAUUUGCGCUCUCAGGACCGAGGGUAAUAUCUGAGAAAACCUUUCAUAAAGGGUUUUUUCAUAUCUUAUAAGUUGCACUGGUCUUCAUAUUCUUGGAGUGCCCAUCUGAAAGUUGGUGCAAUGGUUGAUAAGGUGACGUAGUUAUCACGUGACCUGAACUUGUUGCUGGGCUUGCUCUUGUUACAAAUUACAGUCAAAUGUUAUAGAAAACUGCUGUUGUUACUACCUACACUGAAAUGGUUGCUAAGAACAUUGUGUUCUUGUUGCUAUUGGGGUUGCUAUGAACAUUGUUCUUGUUGCUAUGAUAGAAUGGUUGCUAAGGAUCAUUAUGUUGAAUUAUUUCCAGAGUGGUUGGACAGAAGUGAUAACCACUCAUGCUACAGGCAUGGUAAUGGAGAGAUGUUUUUGCUUUGAAAGAAUUCGGUGACUUUGAUGAAGAUAUCCAAUCGCUGGAAUGAUGAUAACACCGUAGAAAGUUUGGUCGCUAAGGAGAACAUUCUUGUUGCUGAGUUUCAAACUGUUGUUUUGCUGGUAAUUGCUCAUUAUUUUAAGGAUUUAUGUAUGUUAUCAUGAACUUUAGUGUUAAACAAAUAGUUGAUAUUAUAAGUUAUUUAUUAAUUGGUGUACAUUGACCGAGGGGUCUUGGUUAUUGGACUAAUUGAUAAAAACCGUCACUAAUUUGAACACCGUGGCUUUAUAGGAUGUAGGUAAUGCAGUGAUGCAUCCACAUUUUGAUGGGAUCUUCGGGUACAUCCAGAGUAGUAGCUAACUAUAUGAGUGACAGCCGUCAGUAGACUCGGCUUUAAAGUUAAUUAGAAUAUCUACUUGUUUUUGGAUAGUCUGGCUCUUCCAGAAGACGAGAGCUGAAGUAAACUCUCCCUCUAACGGGGCAUGUGAUUCCUAGAGUAACUUUAGGUUUGUAUAUCAAGUUAUAUUUGAGACGAGAUGUUUAAAUAAAUGUUAGGACCACUUGUUGAACUGGUAAGCACUAGAUAUAUCCAUGUUUAUAGAUUUGAUGUCAAAGAUGGGUUAUUUUCGACAUAUACUAAAUGUGAUGCCUCAAUACUCUAUGUGAUCAGACAGUGUUAAAUGUGAUCAGAUAAUUUCAAUAUCGUGUGUGUGUUCAGUGAUGACAUAGUGGACUCAAAACAUUUUGAUAUUGUUUUGAUCUUUAAGUUAAAUAUCGACAGAGUGUUAGUACAUUCAAUCCAGCGUUAGAUAUCAUGGCAAGAAAUGAACGGUAUAAGCUGACAGAUAUAUUGAGCCUUACUCUCAAACCAAAAUAAGCUUGAGGCGUAUUGAUACGAAUUGGCGUUUGGUGCUAAUACUGCUCGAGAUGAAGCAAGUGUCUGACCAUGACAACCUUGACAUCGUUGUUUAAAACCAGUUAUUCGCCAGCCACAUGUACAAGAUGAACCAAGAAGCGGGCCUGCUCGGCCAAUAAAGCGGGCAAUAUUCAUUUCCGUACCUGCACAUGCAACAAAAACAUCAUCAUAAUCUUUAGGUAAGCGUAUAUUAUAUAGCCAAACUAAAUGUAACUACUGACAAUCCAGUUUGUAAAUAGUUUUAAAUUUACUGAGCUGUUUGCAUAUACACACAGGGAUAAUAGUGUGAUGUUUGGACAUCUAAGUUGAUGACGAUUUGAAAUCUAUUAUAUACCUAUUGGACAUCAAGUGUAAAAAUAUUCAAAAAAGUUUUUAUAGUUUUUUAUAAUGAAAUGAGAACAAAAGAAGAAAAACAAUUUCCAAAAGAAAUCUUAAUUGCUAAAAGAUUUAUAAGACGUCUUUUAGAUAUCUGAGAGAUAUCACAAGAUUUUCUCUUUGAAUCAAACGAUCAUUUUAUAAGUGUUUGUACAAGAUAAAUGGAUCCGUAGAUCUUAAGCUAGUCAGUGUUAACCAUUGAGUGAAUAGGCAGAUACAAUGUACUUGGUAUUGUUACGACUCCGUGUUCAUCUAUGACUGUUGUAUAUAUAUCAUGUCAGCGGAUCGAGAUAAAUACGUCUGCGAAAUCUGACACCGAAUGACUUAGAACAAGAUUAUAUUGAGGAGUGUCUGUCGAGGACAAUUAUGAUGUUGUUGAUGUUAAAAACAGAGCCACUUAGCCAGAUGAUAGCCAGUAGUUGCUCGGAGGACAAUAUAUUUUUGGUGAUUAAUCCCCAUUGCAAAAUUGCAAAAAAAACAAAUAGGCCUGUGUAGCUGCAUUGCUACAUACAUGUACUUUCAAACUUGUUAUGAAUUAUGGUAAUUCAGUGUGGUAAUUCCGUGACAGAGCACGGAAACUUUGAUAUUGAGGUGAUUUCGGUCAGCUGACGCAUUCGCGUACUGGAUUUGUUCUUUAUCUGAACGACUUGUUAAUUGUAUCCUCUUUGUAAGAUAAUGUAUAAACUGUAAAUAUAGAGAGUAAGUUAUUUUGUUGUAAAUAUGAACGUAAACUCAUGACAUUAUGUAGAACAGCCCAUGACAGAAGUGUUAGGUAGAGUAAUAUUAGAGAUAGACGCUAGUCUCAAUCUUCGGUGCUUGUGAUAUGUAGUUAGAUACAGACAGCGAGAUAGACCAUGACUUUUAAUUUGACGGAAACAGCAAAAAACGCGUCAGCCUCUUUUUCUGCGGAAACACUCGAGCACGUUACACCGGGACGACGGCUCCUGACUGAUUUCGCAGUAUAGUUUUUGUUUUGAAGUGAGUUCGUCUAAAAUGAGUUCGGGUAGUUUCUUGGGGAGUACAAAAUUGCGUAAUACUCCUGUUUUGGAACAUGUUAAUUUGAGUGCCACUCCUUUCUGAAUUGAGCUUCAUUCCGUGAGUUUAUAAUGUUGAUUAAGGAGGAGAAUGAAAGUGCGUCACAUCAGGUCUGCAGCAGCAGCUUUGACGGAGGCGUUCUUCCAUGCACUUCCUCUCCCCUCCUUGAUGAACUCGUCCGUGACUGUAUACAUUUACUGCUGACUGAAAUUAGAUUGUUCAAGACUCAGAGCUUCCACUGUAAAGGGCCUACCCACAUAGACAUUUACCGCUGUAGUUUACCACUGCGCCGCUAUAGAUGUAUUCUGUCAACCGAGAGCAUUUUAUAGGCGUAAGACGUAAGCAUUCAUAUCACUGCAUACCGUAUCAACAAGAAUAUAGGCCUGCAGUCUAACUAUUAUCUCAAGUCCGAUGCCUGCUCUUCUUCAGUGUUCAGACUUUCGUAAACUUCGUGUCCUUGGAUGUGCGCUGCGACUGGAAUGGCUGAUUUGCAGGUCUUCCGCGCCAGUUCCCAGUUGCUUCGUCUUCAGCGAUGCUGGCUCCGGUCAACGGCCCAGUCUUCUUUUCAUCAUCAGGGGAUAGUUCCGCAGAAUGCGCCUUGGUUUUUAGUUGCCAAGUCCACGUUCGCAGGAAGCAGUUUUGUGGAGCCCCAUGGGCCACUUCAAUUGAACCACCUGUUCAAACCGAGAGUCCAAUUUCACGUCGUGACGACUGAUGCUUAUGUGGCCCGGCAUGGACCUUAAGAAUUAAACUUGUGAAUUCUCCUAGUUGUGUCAAACACCACUUAGCUCGUCAGUACAGUUCGUAGUUAUCAGAAAAUGCUAUUUUAAUUACUCCAUCUUUGAAAACCUUAAAGAUGCUUUUGGCACGAUAUUUCUUUCAAAAGAGAUAAACUUUGGUGAUCGUCCAUGAUACAUGGAGAGAACUAUGUAUUUCAGAAGUUUGUAUUGAUUGAGUUAGCCAUGUCAACGUUGUAGGCGUCAGUCGUUCAUGGCAGGGAAACCUUUACUUAGUAGUUUUGCCAUAACCUCAUUUGUUAAACAUACAUUUGCAACGAGACAGUAACCUCGGACAAUAAUAAAGUGUACCUGGUUGUUUUCUUAA